CUGUGAGCGGCGGGGCGGACACGGGCGAGGUGGCGGUCGUCGACCUCAACCUCCUCCCAGACGACGCCAUCAACCAGGACCUCGUCGACGGACUCCAGGAGGAGUUCUCCAGCGUUGACAGGGAGCUGGGAGACCCCGUCACCAGGGCUGCCAACACUACCUCAAGUGGACCUCAGAGCCGGCAGUUGUCGCUCAUCUUCCAGGGCGUGUACGCGCCCGACGCGCGCUUCAACGCCUUCGCGGACGGUGUGAUGGUCAACAUGGUGGCCGAGAUGAAGAGGAAGAAGAUGGACCCUCUCUACUUCCGGGUCUACGACCGAGGCAUUGUUGAACAUGUGUCAACACGGGCGGGGAGAGACGGCCAGCCGGGCCAGGCUCUGCCUCCUGCUGCUGUGGUCAACACUACCGUGCUCAGAGAUGGCAGACAGAGCGGCACUGCUAUCGGCGGGGGAGUCAUCCGGGGCCUGACCAACGUGAAGCGCUUUGGCAACGCUGAAGUACAGAUUGCAGGCAACCUCACGCUGGUUCGGAGCCACUAUGUGUACGGACCUCUCAACGUAGAGCUUGUGUUCCAUACUGACAAGGGUGUUAAAACCAUCAAUUCGACUCUGAGUGCUGUGGCUGCUCAUGCCGUCGCAGAUAUGAAGGACAACAGCUCCAAACUCAUCGAUUUCAUCAUUGACAGCCCGCUGUUCGACUACAUGCCCUACUAUGGCAACCGUACCCUGGCACAGCAGCAGAUUACUGAACUGGUGGUUCGUCACCUCUUCUCCGACGCCUCCUUCAUGGCUCUCCUCCUGCGGGAUGCCUACGAGACUGCGUCCUAUGACAAGAUUAUCCCCCAGUUUGGCACACAGUCCAACUACUUCUCCGUCCUGAAGUACCUCUUCCGGGGAACCCCGAGUGCGAGGCCCCUGGCGAGAGGAGCAUCCCUGGUGGGGGAGCCCGCAGCCAUCGCUGCCUACUUAACCAAUGCUGCAAACUCUCCUCCUCCUCCUACUGCUCUAAAAAACUUAGAAUAAAAUCGACUUGAGAAUGGUCCAGGACGGACCGAAACGUCGUCGUCCCUUCAAUUUCUAGUGUGUGGUCUGGUCAACAUACUUCAGCCCCGUUAUUGUGACUCAUCGCCUUCAACUUAGAAUAAAAAUGCAUUUGACGAAAUAUAAAAUGAGCAGGACAACAGAAAAGAUUAAUACAAUAAUAUUUUAAUAUAAGUCUCAAAAAUAAAAAUAAAUAAUUCCUUAUGUAGCUGUGUUAUUAAGUGUAUUAUAAUAAUGUUGAUGAUGAAGGUGAAUGAGGUCAUUAUUGUAUAUUUGAAUAUCAUAGAUAAAUUGUUCUAAAAUAUAGUCACUUUGUGAACACAUUUAUGUGUCCACCAUAUGUGUCUAGGGAGCCGGUCGGCCGAGCGG